CAAAUAUAUGGUUUACAAGAUUUUAAGUUUACAGCGCUAAACUGCUAAUAUUAUUAAUCAAUCACUUAAUCAGUAAAAUAAUUUAGUUAAAACGUGUAGUUAUAAGUGAAUAAACUCACACAGCAUGGCAGACGUUAGAGAUAUUAUGGAGUUGGAGAGACCCUCCACUCCAGAGGUUACAAGAGAAACUUUUUUAGGGAACGAUAAAUUGAAGAAAAGGGCUUCUACGGGUCCCAAGGUAUCAAAACGACCAGAAGGAAUGCACCGGGAAGUGUUUGCAUUAUUGUACAAUGAUAAUAAAGAUGCUCCUCCGCUAUUUUCUUCUGAUACAAUUGGAAACAAUGGUUAUAAACAGACAAAAAUCAAAUUGGGAAUGAGGAAGCCCAGGAAGUGGAAAUGGAUGCCUUUUACCAAUCCUGGUCGAUCAGAUAAUGCGACUUUUUACCACUGGAGAAGGCCAUCAGAUGAACCAAAGGAAUAUCCGUUUGCUAAGUUUAAUAAGGUAAUUGAAGUAGUUAAGUAUACAGAACAAGAGUACAACACUCAUUUAAAAUGUGAUACUUGGACAAAAGAAGAAACUGAUCACUUAAUAGACCUUGCAAAGAGAUUCGAUCUAAGAUUUAUUGUAAUGGCUGACAGAUAUGAUACUGAAAAAUACCCGAAAAGGACUGUAGAAGAUUUAAAACAAAGAUAUUACAAAAUUUGUGGUAUUUUAUCCAAGCUGAAUGGAGAAAAGAAAAUUUAUACUUAUGAUGCGGACCACGAACGAAGAAGAAAAGAACAGUUAAAGAAAUUGUAUGAAAGGAAACCUGAACAGAUAGAAGAAGAACAAUUUCUACUGGGAGAACUUAAAAAGAUCGAAGCCCGCAAGAAGGAGAGGGAAAGGAAGACUCAGGACCUACAGAAACUCAUCAGCCAGGCUGAUAGUCAGAAUGAUACUCCCAGAAGGAAUGACAAGAAGCUGCCCAAGAAGAAAAUUGCCAAUCCAACGAGACCUUCCAGAGUCGAUACAAAUCAUAUUUUGCAGGCUAUAGAAAGCGCAGGCAUCAAAUUUCCAGAUUAUAAAAACAGCGGCGUCUCUUUGAGAUCUCAGCGGAUGAAAUUGCCAGCAAAUGUCGGACAGAAAAAAUCCAAAGGAGUCGAACAAAUUCUACAAGAUAUGGGAUUGGAAUUAAAUCCUACUCCAUCGGAGGAUAUAUGUCAGCAUUUCAAUGAACUCCGGAGCGACAUGGUCCUCUUAAUGGAAAUCAAAGGAGCUCUAGCAACGUGUGAAUACGAAUUACAGUCUUUAAGACACCAGUACGAGGCUCUAAAUCCAGGAAAGACAUUGGCCAUUCCUCCGCAAUUGUCAUCAAAUAGUGAAGUCGAAGCUAAAAUUAGCACCAGCGAAAUCAUCGAUGUUGUCGGAUCUCCCGAUACGCCGUCAAAUACCUAGCUAGUAAAAAUAAUGAGAAGCGGCAAGGAGUGUGUGUAUUAUACGUAAAUAUUUUUUAACAUAGUUAAUCGGCGUGAAAAUUAAAUACAUAUUUGGUUGUAAGUAGGAUCUUACAUUUGAUAGUUUGACUUAACGGGUGGCCAAUUAGAAAUGUAUAAACAAAAAUAUGCAUUUGUAGACAGUAAGUUAUACUCUUGAACAAAAAAUAAACGUUGAAGGGCGACAAUAGCUUUUAUUACAUAAGUUCAUGGAUCAAAAUAUAUUAUUUAACAAAAUUUUGGUCCUAUAAUGUCAACAAACUGAAAAGAUCACAUGUUAAGUCACACGCUCAAAUGAUACGGUCCGAAUCUGUGAGACUCAUUAGUUAAGAUUUAAGUAAUAGUAUCAUUGAAUAAUUUUUAUUUCUGCUUUAGUCACAUACUUACAAACUUUUGUUGUUGAAAAAUGUUAAAUAAUAGUUUUUGUCAAUAAAUAUUAUUUUGAA